GCGGAGUGAGAGCGACAGUCGGUAUUGAGCUGGAGAUAGAGAAUGAAAGGAAGAUAGAGGCAAAAAAAGCAGAUAAAGAAUAAACAGCUUCAGGAUACAGCGCGGCAGAGGCGGCGCAGAUGUUCCUGCUGUCCGCAUGGUCUGUGUCGUAUAUGUAGUCUAACGUCUACUAGAGCUGUAUAGUUGCCACGCUGUUAUAUUAUUUGUUGUUGUUGUUAUUGUUAUUAUUAUUAUUAUUAUUAUUACUGCAGUCCCGCCUGCUAGCUAUAGCGGCUAACGCGCGGCUAACAGGCUCGCUGACGCCGAGCUCGCGGACCUCGGACCCGCCGCCCUUUGCUCGGUUGUCGCCCCAUUUUGGAUUCGUGCUCAGCGCUGGACCGCGAUGUGAACUGGGCAUGCACUCUGAAACUCGGAAAAAGGCGAGCGUCCAGGCAGGCAGCAGGGAGUGCUGCGCGAUCACCAGGGGUCCGGAGACGGAGGAUGAAAAGCAGCCGCCUAGGUUUGGAUUAGCAGAAUCUCAAAAUUGAGCUCAGGGGAACAGAAUCUCUACCCAGAGGCCCGACCUGUCAAUGCUGUGUGAUGGAGAAAGAAAGAAAGACAGGAUACUUUGCCAGGUUGAAGAGAAGAAAGCAUAUUAAGUUGAACCAAUCGGAACCGUCCGUGGCCAAACAGAACCAAGCCCAGCAAAACCAUUCUAGGUCUCUGAGAGUAUCAGCCCUGGCCGGACACAGAAAACAUUCCCCUGCAGAAACGGACAAAUCAUCUGCUUCCAUGACAGCCUGUGCAGAGGAUAAAAAAACAUGCCUGCAGGAAAAGCAUGGAGUGAAAGAAGACAACCACGAUAAAAAGGAUGGAGUGAAGAAAGAAAAGAGGGGACCCCCUGGUACCAUGGAGUACACAGUGGUGCCCCAAGACACACUAAACAGCAUAGCUCUCAAGUUUAACAUCAUGCCAAAUAAACUGGUGCAGCUCAACCGCCUGUUUUCUCACAGUGUCGUUCCUGGGCAGACGUUGUUUGUCCCAGAUAUGGGCCAAUCAGAAGCUCUCUCUUCAAAGCCCAUGCCCUCUAUUCCUUUUUCAAAUGACCAAUCUGACAAAUUGUCGAAGGACACAGAACCGAUUCAGAAAGUUCAGUCUCCAGCAUCUGAGGACGAGGAACCACCAGUCGUCAAAUUCCUGAAAAUGAGCUGCAGGUACUUCACAGACGGGAUGGGUGUGGUUGGGGGGGUGUUGAUUGUGACACCCAACAACAUCAUGUUUGACCCACACAAGUCAGACCCCCUAGUAAUUGAGAAUGGAUGUGAGGAGUAUGGACUUAUCUGCCCCAUGGAGGAGGUGGUUUCCAUUGCACUCUACAACGACAUCUCCCACAUGAAGCUGAAGGACGCCCUGCCAUCUGACCUACCACAGGAUCUGUGUCCUCUGUACAGGCCAGGAGAGUGGGAAGACCUACCUUCUGAACGAGACCUCAACCCAUUCAGCCGCUUCGAAGCCUUGGGUCAGGAUAAGAGGCCGAUUGUACUGGACGCCAUCGAGACUGUCAUCCCCUACAGCACAGAGUCGGAAACAGCUGAGAAAACGCCUUCAGAUGAAGGUUUUACGGAGCUGGAGCUACCGUCCACGGGGAACACUGAUGAGUGGCAAGGUGAUACUGAAGGCCUAGAGGAGCUAGGUCCUCCUAAACAUGAUUCAUCUGGCCAGCCCCUCUUAGAAGCAUGCAGUUCAGCUCCUUCAGAGACUCAAAUGCAGCAGGAGGAGCUGGAGGACAAGGAAGCUACUGCUCACAGCUGUAUUCCUGCACAUGCAGAUUCUCUAAAACAGAAGACUGGACAUGAACUGCAAAAUGGCAGUGGAGCCAGUGAGAUGGCAAUCACUGCUGUAACCACACUCGACUUGAACUUGAAAGAGACUGAGAAGUUGGAGAGGGAGCAGAAAUGUAACGCGGGUGCUUCUGAAAAGCAUGGUCACCACGACUCAAAUAAGGAAGCAGCAAAUGGACUAAAAGCGACUGUAAAUGGCCCAGACAGCAAGGAGCCGAGUAUAAGGCGGACAUCGCAAGAAAACCUGCAAAAACGCACCAGUGAGAUGGAGAUGCAGAACUGGCUGCUGGAGCAUAUGCAGCUGCCAAUUGAAAAUAUGUUACUGUCAAAAGAAGAAAAAAGCAAGAACCCACCCAUGUUCCUCUGCUUCAGAGUGGGCAAACCCAUGAGAAAGUCCUUUGCUCUUGGUCAGACGUCAAGCCCAGCCCAUCAUUACAGAGUGCAGGGUCAUCACCCAGAGUACUGGUUUGCCGUUCCCCAGGAAAGGGUGGACAACCUCUAUGCGUUUUUUGUACACUGGUCACCGGAUGUAUAUGGGAAAGAUGCUAGAGAGCAAGGAUUCAUUGUGGUGGAAAAGGAUGAGCUUGAUAUGAUUGACAACUUCUUCAGCAGUCCAGCCCCCAAGAGCUGGGAGAUAAUCACUGUGAAUGAGGCCAGACGUCGGCAAAGUGUGGGCAGCUUCGACGACGAUGACCUGCUGUAUUUGUUACCUACACUAACUGACAAUAGCCUCCUCUUGGAGCACAUACACAUACACAAGCUGACCAAUUACCUCCCAGCUCGCAUCCAGGGGUAUCCAUGGCGACUUGCCUACAGCACGGCCGUACACGGAACAAGUCUGAAGACGCUAUACAGAAAUAUGACUGACCUAGACAGUCCCGUACUGCUGGUGAUCAAAGACAUGCACAACCAGGUCUUUGGCACCUUCUCUUCACAUCCUUUUAGAGUGAGCGAGCACUGCUAUGGGACUGGAGAAACAUUCCUCUACAGCUUCUGUCCUGAUAUUAGGGUUUUUCGGUGGAGUGGAGAAAACUCGUACUUUGUGAAAGGGAACACGGAUUCUCUCCAAAUAGGCGGCGGCAAGGGACACUUUGGCCUGUGGCUGGAUGCUGACCUGCACCACGGCUCAAGCAGGCCCUGCUCCACUUUUAGGAAUCAACCACUGUCUGCCCAGCAGGACUUUGACAUCCAGGACUUGGAGAUUUGGACUUUCCUGUAGCAUUGAUCUACUUUCGUUUACAUGGUUUUGAAUGUCGGUGUGUCAGCAGCAUAUAACACUGCAGACCACUGCACCUGUCUGAACAGUCGGCCUCCUUGUGCAGUUGCUUUUAGCUCGCAGCUUAAUGCUGGCGCAUCAGAACCAAACGUAGACCACUACAUAAUGAAUGACACAAUGUACAAUGUACAGACCGAAUCCAAGCCCCACUUCAUCACAAAGAGGACAAAUUGUUUACUGGAAAGUGUCGCGUACUUUUCAUUUCAUGUUGGCAAUAUCAGACGAAUUUUCAAACGAUAAAACAGGCUUAAAGCCUUAUUUGACCAAACUGAAUAUGUUUUAGUUAAUGUAGUGGUUAUUUUAUAUUUAUUUUUUACAUGUAAAUGUUUAUUUGGUGAAUUAAAUCAUUUUCUCAGUUUCAGAACUUUCACCAUUUUUUGCAGAGCUGGCAGUGCGAUUUUUACAUUAUAAUUAAAGCACAUUCUUUAAUUACAGAGGUGAAUAUGAGUCUCUGGAAAAAUAACAUGCUACAACAUUUUGUAUUUUUUUAAGUUGGUUUUGUAUUGUGCUUGUCAAACUCAUUGCCUAUAAAUAUUCUACAUGGUAUCCUAACUCUAUGAUUAGUUGUACAGGUAACAGAAUGUCAUAUCCUGUGUAAUUUUGGGGGUUUUUCUCUUCCAGUCGUUGGUUUAAGCAGGGUUGCUUCUUCCUCUUUCUGUUUCAAUAGUUGAUAGGUGUAUACUAUUAUACCCACACAUGCUGUUUGUUUUGCAGUAAGACCAUUGUUAUUGUCGUCCUUGUGUGUACAUGGAUUGCACACAUGCAUGCACACACACACACACACACACACAAUUAUUCAUGUAAAAUGUCUGGAUUUUAUAAAAACCAGCAAUGGUCCUGUUUCUGAUUUGGCAGCGUUCUGGUUCUGGUUAAAUUCACUGCAGUUCCUGUAGAACCAGCCUGCGGUUACUUAGUCUUCCAAAAAUGCUACCAUAGAAAAGGCUCAUGACUUUUCCAGUAGGAGCAGAGAAUGGCUUUCCUCUUGCAUUUUGUUAGUAUACAGAACUAUCUUAUGCACUAUUUAACCCAGAGAUAUUAUCGGCUAGAUAAAAAGGCAUAUGGCAGUCCUUGUUCAAAAAAGAUUGUUCUGCGAGCAACUGGAAUAUUCUGCCAAAGGUUUGUUCCAAAAACAACCAACAAUAUUGCUUUUUUUCCCCAGUUGACAGUACAAGGUCAUUGCACAUCAGAACCUCAUCAGAUAAUGCUUUUCAUAUUCAUUAUACUUUAAUAUCAAGUAUCAAAGUGCCGUGUAUUUGAUUUUCAUGAAACUUUACUGUGCAAGACAUUCCUACUACAUUGUCUUCAGGUUAAUGUAGACACCUGCUGUCUCUCAGCUUUGACGAAUGACGUCAUAUGCAUGAAGCUUUCCACGUUUUGUAUUCUCAACGCCGCGUGUUGCCGUGUCUUGUCUUCAAAGUAAAAUGCACUUGUGAAGUAUUCGUGAAGCCAAAAUUGUUCUAUAAUCUGUGGUAUUGCCAAGAUUAUAUUUAUUGUGCUUUUGCUAUGUUUGAAUUAAACUACAGAGUAUAACAAUCCAAA